GAAAAUGCAAAGCUUAUCUUGUUUUAUGAUAACACUGUUGAUAAUAGUGUUACAUAAGAAAUAAUUUCUUUUUAUGUUUUUAGUAGGGCAUUGGCAAGAGGUAGGAGUAAAAUAUUAAUUGGGCUUUAAUGUUUAGAAUCUCAUUAAAUAGAAAAUGUCAUGCUGUCUGCUGUAGAGUCCUCAGUACAGGAAAGUCAUGCACCUGUUGGAGGGGGUCCAGAGGAGGCCACAGAAGUAAUCAGGGGGAUGGAGCACUUCUGCUAUGAGGAAAGGCUGAGAAAGUUGCGCAUGUUCAGCCUGGAGAAGACUCUGGGGAGACCUUAUUGCAGCCUUUCAGUUCUUAAAAGGGGCUUAUAAGAAAGAUGAGAAGAGACAUUUUAGCAGGGCCUGUUGCUAUAGGAUGAGGGGUGAUGGGUUUAAACUGAAAGAAGGGAGAUUCAGGCUGGACAUGAAGAAAAAUUUUUACAGUGAGGGUGGUAAAAUGCUGGCACAGGUUGUCCAGAGAGGUGGUGGAUGCACUGUCCCAGGAGACAUUCAAGGCCAGGCUGGAUGUGGUUCUGAGCAACCUGAUCUAAUUGGAGAUGUCCCUGUUCAUUGCAGGGGGUUUGGACUGGAUGACCUUUGAAGGUCCCUUCAAACUAUUGUAUGAUUCUAUGAUCUUUGGAGGUUUUCUAUACCAGAUUGGUAAAGCUCUGAGAAACCUGAUGUGACUUUGGUUUUGAGAAGCUGAGCUUUAGACUGAGAUAUUGAAAUGAUUAUGUACGCCUUGAAAAAGUAAUUAAAAAAAUACAUGAUGUGCAUGUGUGUUUUGUUUAGAGCAUGGAUUCACAGAAGGAUGUUCAGCCUCCAAAGCAGCAGCCAAUGAUUUACAUUUGUGGAGAAUGUCAUACAGAAAAUGAAAUAAAGGCAAGAGAUCCCAUCAGAUGCAGAGAAUGUGGCUACAGAAUAAUGUACAAGAAAAGGACAAAAAGAUUGGUGGUUUUUGAUGCCCGAUAAUGUCUGCUGAAGAUACAGUGAUGUCAUGAGGGCAGUUUAAUCUUUCUGAUAACUUUGCUUUGUAAAUUCAUUCAUGUACAAAUGCACACUGUUAUUUGUGUUUUAAGAGAUUGAAAUAUUAAAGUUUACUGUUAUACUAAA